AAAAGCAAACAUGUCUAUUUCUCAUCAUCACACUCCACAUCUCAUCACAGCACUCUUCUUCUUGUUCCUUAACUUUUCUUGCCUCCAUGCAAACGAACUCGAGCUUCUCUUAUCAUUCAAAUCCUCAAUUCAAGACCCUUUAAGACACCUAUCUUCUUGGUCUUACUCUUCAACCAAUGAUGUGUGCCUUUGGAACGGCGUCGUUUGCAACAACUUAUCUCGUGUUGUCUCUCUCGAUCUCUCUGGCAAGAACAUCUCUGGCCAAAUCCUCACCUCUGCUACUUUCCGGCUACCUUUUUUACGAACCAUUAACCUCUCCAAUAACAACUUGUCCGGUCCAAUCCCUCAAGAAAUCUUCACCACUUCGUCUCCUUCUCUUCGUUACCUCAACCUAAGCAACAACAACUUCUCUGGCUCGAUCCCUCGAGGUUUUCUUCCGAACCUCUACACGUUAGAUCUUUCUAACAACAUGUUCUCUGGUGAAAUCUACAACGACAUCGGAUUUUUUUCUAACCUUAGAGUCCUAGAUCUCGGCGGAAACGUCUUAACUGGCUAUUUACCAGCCUAUAUUGGAAACCUCUCAAGAUUAGAGUUCUUAACAUUGGCUUCAAACCAGCUAAUUGGAGGUAUACCGGCGGAACUAGGGCUGAUGAAAAACCUGAAAUGGAUAUACUUGGGAUACAACAAUCUCUCCGGCCAAAUACCUCAUCAAAUCGGUGACUUAUCUUCUCUUAACCACCUUGAUCUCGUCUACAACAAUCUCUCUGGACCCAUACCUCCUUCACUAGGAGACUUGAAGGAGCUUGAGUACAUGUUUCUCUACCAAAACAAGCUCUCCGGUCAAAUUCCACUGUCCAUCUUCUCCCUCAAAAAUCUCAUAUCUCUCGACUUUAGUGAUAACUCGCUCUCUGGAGAGAUCCCUGAGCUUGUGGCUCAGUUGCAAAACUUGGAGAUUCUCCAUCUCUUCUCUAAUAACAUAUCCGGAAAGAUUCCUAAAGGAAUAACGUCCUUGCCACGUCUACAAGUUCUUCAGCUCUGGUCCAACAGAUUAUCCGGUGAAAUUCCGGCAAAUCUUGGGAAGCAUAACAACCUCACUGUUCUUGAUCUUUCUACCAACAAUCUUACCGGAAAACUCCCUGAUACCCUCUGUGACUCUGGCCAUCUCACCAAGCUCAUCCUUUUCUCUAACUAUCUGGACGGCGUGAUCCCGCCGAGUUUUGGCGACUGCAAUACGUUAGAGCGAGUUAGGCUUCAAUCCAAUUUCUUCUCAGGCGAGUUACCUCGAGGGUUCAACGAGUUGCAACUCGUUAACUUCAUGGACUUAUCAAAGAACAGCCUCAGAGGUCACAUCGGCACAUGGGACAUGCCACAACUUGAGAUGUUAAACCUCGGCAAGAACAGCUUCUCUGGUGAAUUACCGGAUCUUUCUAGAAGCAAGAGACUCAAGAAGCUCGAUAUAUCAGCGAACAGAAUCUCUGGAGUGAUUCCACUUGGGCUCAUGACGUUCCCGGAACUUAUGGAUUUGGAUUUAAGUGACAACGAGAUCACUGGAGUGAUCCCAAGUGAGUUGUCUUCGUGCAAGAACCUAGUGAAUCUUGACAUGAGCCACAACAAUUUUACCGGAGAGAUUCCUUUGAGUUUCUCGGAUUUCCCAGUUCUCAGCAAUCUUGACUUAUCAUGCAAUCUAUUAUUCGGGGAGAUUCCGAAGAAUCUAGGAAAUAUUGAGUCUCUUGUUCAAGUCAACAUCUCUCAUAAUCUUCUCCAUGGAAGCUUACCUUUAACCGGAGCUUUUCUUGCCAUAAACGCUACAGCAGUCGCCGGUAAUAAAGAUCUCUGUGGCGAAAAUAAUGUUAGCGUUUUACCUCCUUGCAAGGUUGUAAGAAAGAGAAGUACGAAGAGUUGGUGGUUUAUCGUUAUUUCAACCUUUGUAGCUUUCUUGGCCGUCCUAGUCUCUGGUUUCUUCAUCGGUCUCGUCUUUCAAAGAACGCACAACGUUUUGGAGGUCAAGAAAGUGGAACAAGAAGAUGGUACAAAGUGGGAAAUUCAGCUCUUCGAUUCAAGAUUCAUGAAAUCGCUUACCAUGAACGCGAUUCUAUCGUCUCUCAAGGAACAAAACGUUUUUGCGGAUAAAAACGGCGUGCAGUUCGUUGUUAAGGAGGUCAACAAGUAUGAUAUAUCGGAUAUUAGGAAGUUUUCUGAGCACAAGAACAUUCUGAAGGUAGUUGCGACCUGCCGGUCGGAAAAAAUAGUGUACUUGAUCCACGAGGACGUAGAAGGGAAAAGACUUAGCCAGAUUUUGAAUGGUUUCAGUUGGGAGAGACGGAGGAAGAUUAUGAGGGGAAUCGCAGAAGCUCUUUGGUUUUUACAUUGUCGAUGUUCUCCGGAAGUUUUUGCUGGUGAACUAUCGCCGGAGAAUAUUGUCGUCGACGUCGAAGAUGAACCAAGGCUCUGUCUUGGUCUUCCAAGCUUACUUUGCAUGGAUGCGGCUUACAUGGCCCCAGAAACGAGGGAGCACAAGGACGUGACAAGUAAGAGUGACAUCUAUGGUUUUGGAAUCCUCAUGCUUUAUCUCCUCACCGGUAAAAAAUCCUCCGGUGAUGAGGACAUAGAAUCUGGAGUCAACGGGAGUUUGGUCAACUGGGCUAGAUAUUCAUAUUCCAAUAGCCAUAUUGACACGUGGAUUGACUCGUCCAUCGAUACGUCAGUACAUCAACGCGAGAUUGUCCGUGUCAUGGACUUAGCUCUGAAUUGUACUGUCAUUGAUCCGCAACAGAGGCCUUGCAUCAAGAACGUGUUGAAAGCAUUAGAGUCCAUCUUUUUGUCAAGUUCUUCUCGCACUACUUAUUUUUCCAAGAUCCUAUCCUGACAAAUUUGGCUGAGUAAUUUUAUUAGGGCUCUUUUUUUGUUUUGGUUGGGUUUAAUAACCCAAAAGGUUUGUCGAUCAAGGAUUCAAGAUGGUUUUGUUUACGUUAAAAUGAUUGUUUACUG